CCUUUCAGAAGUAUGGGUCAGCCAGGCUGGCUGGGUGGGCUGAGGGGUCAUGUGCACUCCUGGGUCACCUGUCAGUACUUUAAACCAGGCCUUUUCAUCAGUACGGCCUGUGUGCUGAUCCAGAGGUACAAGGUGUACGGUGUACUCCUAGCUGUACCCCUUCUCACGACUCUGCAGUACAUUAUCCUGUACAUAGAGAGUAGCGGAGGUCAGAGUGCUCAGUUGAUCAAGUUUGAUCUGAGGACUGCAGAUUUCCAGGUUCCCCAGGAUACUGAGGAUUCAACACAAGACGAGGUUCGACUUACUCCGGAGAGAAGACGGAACCAUGCCGCAGCUCUCAGGAUGAGAAAAAUACUGAACCACUGUGGAGAACUAAAGAAUCCCUCAUACAUUCCUACUCCAUGGGCCUCCUACACAUGGAUCAAUAUAGGACUGCACAUGGUUAAAUCCUUCUUCUACACUAAAUUCUCAAAUAUCAGUAUUGAUAGUCACACGCUAAACAUGGAGGAUGGCGGGGAGGUUUUCGUGGAGGUGUGUUCGGAUCCCGGCUUAUUAGACGAUUCGCCGAUAAUUAUUCUUCUUCACACCAUAACCGGUUCAUCGAAGGAAACCAAGCUUUACAUGAAGCAAGCUUUGAAACGGGGCUGGAGAGGAAUAGUAUUUGACAGACGUGGACAUGUUGGUAAACUGAAAAGCCCUGCCUUUAAUGUUCUUGGGGAAGCUGAUGAUACAGUUAAGCAGGUUGAGUUUGUUCGGAGAAAGUAUCCUAAAAGUUUUCUAGGAAUGGUCGGUAUCUCGGCUGGAAGUGGAUUACUUGUAAAUUAUCUAGGUAAAUGUGGUGAGCUGACCCCUAUUCAAGCGGCCUGCUGUCUUUGCCCAGCAUACGAUAUCAGUGAAGCUUUCAAGUUAAUGGCUCAAAAUUUCCCGCACAUUGACCGAAGAAUGACGAACGCGGUGAAGAAAUUGUUUAUUCUACCCAACGCUGAACUUCUGGGUAGUCACUGUUACGAUUCCCUUGAGAUGUGCGCAAAUGCCGCAACGCUCGACGAGUUUGUCAGAAACCAUCAUUACUUUGCUGGGUGUAGUUCUGCAGAGGACUAUUUUGCUAAUAACAAUCCAAUGGAGUUCAUCGGAAAGGUAUCUGUUCCGCUUCUAGUGGUGAACAGUGAGGACGAUAUGGUUUGUUUACCACAAAACAUCAGAGAGGACUUGUUUAAGUAUAAGUAUGGAAACACACUUCUCCUUAGAACAAAGCGAGGUUCUCAUAUAGCCUAUAAUGAAGGUUUGCUUGGACAAGGCAGUUAUCUGCCUAGAAUAUCAUUAGAGUUCCUUCAGGCCGCUAGGCAGGUUCUAGGCAGUAACACGGAUUUAGGCCGAACCUCCAGGAGCCCUUCAACCUAUGACUCAAGUCCGAAUUCUUCAAAUGAUUCUGGAUUUAUGGAAUAGUACUUUUAGAUUUUUAACUGGAUCACGAUCCACGGCACUUAUUUAACUAAAUUAGACACUUUGCAAUGUUUUCCCCUCUAGAUAAUGCUCACCCUUCAGCGCUAAAAUGAUACAAAAAUCAAAAUGCGUUAUUUACAGUGUAUUUUUUGAUAUUAAUCAAACUGUAGAGUGUAGAUCAAUUCAUAGAAUUCACAUACUUUAUUCUAGUCAUGUAUUCAAUGCAACAUAAG